AUGAGAUUCCUCGGACUGUUCUGGCCGUCGCCCAUCAUCGAACUGACCGCCCAAAACUUCGGCGACGUCAUCCGCAACAAUCGCCUCGUGCUGGUCUACUUCCACAAGCCCUCCUGCCGCUUCUGCAAGAAAUUCGAGCCGGAAUUCGCCAAAGUGGCCCAAACGCUGCAGGUCAAAGCGCCCGACGUGAAGGUGGCCAAAUUGAACGGCCUCACCGAGACCACGAUCGCCACCGAACAGGGCAUCGAAAGAUAUCCCACUGUUAAGUUGUUCAAAAAGACCGUGGGGAUUAGGUAUGAAGGACCCCAGGAGGCUUUGAAGUUGAUCAACUGGUUGGACCAAAGGAUAUUCUACAAUGAAACUUAG